UUGUUACAGGACAUGUUAGCAGACUCCAGAAGUGCACCAUCCGCAAAAAUGUUUUGACGUCAACCAACAAUGAUCCGGGGGGUGACGUGAACAUGGCUUGCUAUGUCUACCUCCAGAAGGUUCUAGACAUGGACAGAGAGUGCAGAGAAGAUAACGAGUGAUGAUAAAAAUGGAGAGGUUGCGGAUGGAGAUCCUUUGGGUUGCUGCUAUCAUUCAGUUUGCAAUGUGUACCACGGCAACAAACGAUAUCUCAACCUCAGCCCAGACGGACUCGGGCGCAUACGCGUGGAGUGCGUGGGGUACUUGGAGUCCGUGUUCGAGGACCUGCGGCGGUGGCGUCGCCGUCGAAAAGCGCGAGUGCUUGCCCAGGCCUGGCUCCACUAAUACGAUGCUUCCAAUGCCAACCGUGCGGGUAUCCAGGCAAACCCGCGGCGCGGACUGUGUCGGGGUCGCGAGGCGAUAUCACCAGUGCAAUAUGGCUCCAUGUCACUCCGGGGUCACGAGUGCAACAGACAUGCGAGCUGAGCAGUGCUCGGCGUAUGACCGCCGGCCGUUCCGGGGGCGGUUUUACACCUGGGUCCCUUAUAUAGACGGCGAUUCUCCAUGCACCCUGAACUGCAGACCUCUUGGAAAGCAUUUCUACGCUUCACUGGCCUUGGUGGCGGAUGGGACUCCCUGCACCAGGCCCGGUCUCCGAGCCAUUUGUGUCCAGGGGUCUUGUAAGGUUGUGGGUCACGAAGCGGUGCUAGCAGGCAACACACAUGACAUGCGGUGCGGUCGCCGACUAGUCUCUGGCUUGUUCUCCCGGCCUAGACUGCCGCUCGGCUACUCCUACGUAACCACUGUGCCACGCGGGGCCUGCCGUCUCAACGUCACAGAGAUAAUAUCUAGCGAGAAUUAUAUUGCUCUAAAAAUCACAAAUGGAUCAUACAUAAUGAACGGAGAGUUUGCUGUGAGCACUCCAGGAACAUAUGACGCAGCGGGCGCACGGUUCAUCUACUCACGAGUAGUCGGGCUGGAUGCAGUGUAUGCUCAUGGGCCUAUCCAUUACCCUAUUGAUAUUAUGAUACUUUACACCCAACCAAACCCAAGCAUCAAGUACGAAUACUUCACCGAAUCACAGUCUGGCGAGCUAGACGCUGAAUCGAUUACACGAUCAACCCCUGAAAUACCCUCAACCAUUUCCCCCAAACAUACCCGAAGGCAUCACAGUCUGGACGCGUUUCCUAGACCUGCCAAUGUACCGCGAUACAAGAAUGUAAAUGUUAUGCAAGAUGCAUUUUCGGGGGAGGAGUUCGAAGAAAAUAUUGUUGGGGAUAGAAGAUUUAUCUGGAAAAUACUCUCGUAUACCCAGUGUUCGAGAAGUUGUGGUGGAGGAUUCCAGGUAGGAAAAUUCCGCUGCGUUGAAGCUAGCAGUACUGGUGACCGAGAAGUAGCUUCGGUGCAUUGCACGGGCUCCUCGCCCGCAAGCAGACGACGACGGUGCGGCAACGUGCCGUGCCCGCCGCGGUGGCGCGCCGCCGCCUGGUCGCCGUGCCCCGCCUGCGGGCCUGCCACAAGGACGAGGAUCGUUGGCUGUGUCCAGGAUCAUUCAAGAGGCAUUACAAAAAUAAGCGAUCAAAAAUGCCCAUCACCAAAACCAUCGACAACAGAACCUUGCGAUAUCCCCGACUGUCCUGAUGUAAGGCAAGUGGACAGACGGGUAAAACGACCUCGCGAACAUGUUGACGCGUUCCACGAAGGACCGGUGUAUUCCGUCGCCGUUAACGGGUCUGAGGAUGAAAUUGGCCCGGAAUACAACUUCAAUGCGGCUGCUAGUUGGCUGUUUACGGAAUGGUCGGAGUGUGUAGGCUGGUGUGUUGGCGGUGGUUUACAAACCCGUGGAAUCCGAUGCUCGGAUCCAUCGGGUUGCACCCCUAUGAGAUCUCCCGAUGCAUCGCGAUCGUGCAGUCCGAAGAUAUCGUGUGAAGCUCAGGAAGGACAUUGGUUUACUGGCGAAUGGUCUCAAUGUUCCUCAUCUUGUAAUGGGAAGCAGAUACGUGGAGUCCUGUGUAUAGGAGGCACUGGUAGGCACCUGAAAGAUUCUGGAUGCAAGACGCCGAGGCCGGCGCACGAGAGAGACUGUGAAGACAAGUGCACGCCUACUUGGUACUUUAGCGAGUGGAGUCAGUGUAUUUCCAACUGUUCGUCCAACACUGGCGUCCAGCGGCGUACCGUGUGGUGCGCGCGCGGCGCGGGCGCGGCGCGCGACGACGUGUGCGUCACGGCGGGCGCGGGCGAGCGUCCACCGGCGCAACGAUCGUGCACUCCGCUGUGCAGUGCAACAGUACCGCCGGAGUUUAUUGAUUCUCAAAAGGUAGCCAGAAGUGAUACGACAACAAGUACUACUACAACUACAACUUCAACGGAAGGCACUACCACGCAGCAACACGAAGCAAAAGAUUGCGAAGAUAAGCUCAGUAACUGCGCCUUGGCGGUGCAGGCGCGUCUCUGCCACUACAAGUACUAUAUACACAACUGCUGUUAUUCUUGCAAAGGACGGUAGAACGGCAUUUCGCC